UAAAGAUCUUUAUUAUCAGCUAUGUUCGUUGAUUAAUUCUUAUCACUGUUGCUGUUAUCGUACUCGGCGUGUUACCACAUUUUGGCCAGUUAACCACAAUAUGAACAAAAACGUUAACAAGGACGGAGGUAAACCGAACACGCGCGAACGCCGACUAGACAGUGUGUAGUGACUUGUUUGGUUGUAUUAUGUUUGAACACUGCUUUACCGAACAGUUUUUGCGCAUUUUAUACGUUUUCCGCUUGCGCACAGCUAGUAAGUUCUCAUACUGAAUGUGUUUGUUGUGGUGUUUGUAUCGUCCCGGUGUGGUGUUUGUAGUAUAAGUCUCAUACUAAAUACUUAUGUUUACGUUGUAGUCUCUUUGAUAACCGCAAUUUAGGCAUUUGGCAAUUGGCGUUUGUUGGAGCUACGUCCGUGAGUUUUUUUUAUGUGAGACUCGUCUCGUUUGUAUCCGGUUAAGGCUAUAACGUCGGCUCGCUUCUUGUCGUUGUGCUUGGCCGUUCACCAGUCCUCGUCGGUUGAAGUCAUCAGUGUACAGUAAAGAUCUUUCACACGUCCUGCCUGGCUGCCCGGUUAGGUACUAACCUUUGCGUUGACGGUGAACACGAAACGGUUGCCGUUCCAACGGAGGAGUGAAAAAGGUUCACAAACGUAGUGUUGCAGGCCGAUUAUUGACGAUCGUUUGUUCUGUUGUCUGUUGUGUGCGGACUGUACUGAUUUGUUUGAGCAAUGAACGCUUCUAAUAUGGAAUAUUUCGAUUUAGAAGUAAUAGACACUGAUGACCAAUCUGAAGUAACAAUUCAUUUUGAUGAUGAUGUCAAUGUCGAAAUGAACAAAUCACUUUUAAUCGAAAAUAGUGCAUAUUUUGAAGCUAUGUUCAGUGGACGUUAUAUAGAAUCUCAAAUAGGACAUAGGAUACAUAUAAAGGAUAUAAGUCAUAUCGGUUUUAUGAAGGUCAUUAACAGUUUGAAAAAUAAUCAAGUUAUAUUCAAUGAUUUAGAAGAUUUACUUCUUAUACUAGAAGUGUCACAAAUUCUUCAGUUUUCUUUUAUAAUUUUUCAGUCUACUAAAAUUAUCGAAGAAAAAUAUUUAUUUACUAUUAAUGCAGUAAAUAUAUUUCCAAAAGCUUCUAAGCUUAGAUUGAAGAAUUUAUUAGAUAAAGCACAUGCUUAUAUUUUAUACAACUUUACAACAAUAUUGAGAAAGAAUAAAGUUGGUUUUUUGAAACUAAAUGAACAUGAUUUACAUUUAUUGUUGAAAAACAUUAAUUUAAAUGUUGAAAAUGAAAAAGAAGUGUUUGAUUUGAUUAUGGAUUGGUGUUCAAUGAACGAUAAUUACAAUUUUGAGUAUGAAUUGGCAAUUAAUUGUGUGUAUUUUAAGCGUAUGACUCAAGAACAAUUGAAAUAUUGUAUUUCAAAAACUAAAAAUAUACAUUUACAAAAUGCCAUCAAAGUGUUUAUAAAUUUCACUAAAAAUAUUCAAAACACAGUAAGUUUAACUAAACCGAUUAGAUGUAUUCCACAUGUUUUGUGUGCUGUCAAAAAUGAAGAAGAUGGCCAUGCUUUUAUGUACCGCUGGGAUUGGGGUAUUAGGCAGUUUGUAAAGUUUCUAAGAUUGGAUCCAUUGCCAAUUAAUACAACUGGAUAUCAAGUUAUUAUUAAAGAUUUAGAUAUUUAUGUGUUAUCCGGUAAAAAAUGUAUUAUUGAAUAUGGAAAAAAAAUGUGGAAUGAAGAUAUGUGGAAGUAUAAUUUACUGACAGAAAAAUGGAAAAUAUUACGAGAUUGUAAACCAUUUCCUAGACACUACGGACUUGGAUAUUUUUGUGGCGAUAAUUUGGUUUUACUUGGAGGUGUUACAAAAAACAGAUUGGCUAAUGAAGUUAUCGAGUAUUAUGUAAAAGAAAGUGAUUCGCUUAAUUAUGUUACCCACAAACCAUUGCCAAGUAACAAUUUAAUUCAAAUGGGUGUUCAUCAAAAAUUGUUUAUUACUUUGGAGUAUAAGGGUAACUUGGUAUUGAUAGCUAAAAGCCAAGAACCACUAUGCUUUUACCUAACUAUUGAUCCAUCUAACAAAAAUGUUCAAAAUUGGAGUAGACGUACAAUACAUUUACCUGAAGUGGUUAUUUGUGGAACCACUUAUAAUGACACUGUUUACUUCCUUGCUUAUGACAGAAAGCGGAUUAUUAGUUUACAUAGUUAUUGUCCAAUAAAUGAUUUCUGCCAGAAGUUGAAAUCUUUUACUAUAAAGUAUGAUGAACAUACUACUAUGUGUGCUUUUAAUAUUGAUAAAGUUAUGGUGUUUAAAGAUGAUACUCUUCAAUAUUAUUCGAUUGGUGACAUCAUUAUUAUAGAAUAUAAAAUUCAAUUGAAUUCCUUUCACUCUGACUAUUUAUUAAGUGUUCCUAUGUAUUUAAAAUCGACAUAUUAAAUUAAUUUAGUUAAGUAUUAUAACUUAUAAUACUAAAUAUAUAUCUUAAGUGUACAAUUUAAAUAACUUAGUGAUGAUACAAACUACAAAGUUAAGAUUUAUA